AGUCAAAAUGCCAAAGUGAAUUAGCACACCAAACCAUAGCUCUGUACUUUAUUUUGAAUAAUCGUAGUUAUAAAAAUAAAUCAAUAAUGGCGUAUUUAAUAAAAAAUCAAAUUCUGAAGCAUCUUUCGAGGUACAUGAAGAACCUGUCGGCCGAUCAGAUAAACCUGAGCACAUUCAAGGGCGAGGGGGAACUGAAGGACUUGCAGCUGGAUGAGAUGGUCCUAACCGAACUGCUAGAACUUCCCUCCUGGGUGCAGCUCACAUCAGCCUGGUGCAAUAAGGUGUCCUUCCGCAUACAAUGGACUAAACUCAAGACUGUGCCAAUAUUUUUGGUUCUCGAUGAAGUGAAAAUAGAAAUAGAGACAUGCGAAGAGCUGCGAUCUAUGUCGUGUCAGCAGGGACUGUCCACUCUAGCCAAUAACGCCAAAUACAGUUUCAUUCACAAAGUCAUCGACGGCAUGACUAUUCACGUCAACUCGGUCUCCAUCACAUUCAACAGUCCUGCCUUCAUUGCCAAAGUACAGAUCCUGAGGAUAAAGGUGCAAUCGAAAACGCCCAAAUGGCAGGACAGUGAUCUGAGGUAUACAAGGCUAAAAGAUAUGCACCGCAAUCAGAUCAUGAUAUUCAAAGAGAUCGAGUGGCAAACUCUGAGGAUAGAAGCGAGUUCUAUCAGUGACAAGAAUUUGCCGCCUUUGCGACUGCUAACCAAUACCACAAGAUGUCGAAUCACCAUUAAGAAACGGUUAUCAGAUUGCUUUGUAAUUGGAUGUAGGCUUCUGCUUAUAUUGGACGAUCUGCUUUGGGUGCUCACCGACUCGCAAUUGAAAGCCGCUUUACAUUUCAUUGACUCACUGUCCGGCUUGAUUCAGAAAGACACUGAAAUCACUCGUAAAAAGAAGGCUGCUAGAAAAUUAGAGAGUUUGCCAGAGUACAGAGCUCAGAUGUCGCAGCAGGCACGGAUGGACAGCAACGAACAAAACAAGAUGCGAAUGGUGUUUGCUAUGUACGACUUCAUCGAAACGUCCUACCACUUCUGCACACAACGAAUAGACUUGCAUUUCAGCGAGGAUCCUGGUGUUGGCAGAUCAUGCCACCCAAACCUGCAACCGGGUGGCAGUUUACAGCUGACAGUGAGCAACCUGCAGGCGGACUAUUACCCUUACCACCUGGCAGCGGCCGACAGAGGGCACUGGGCGCGCUACAGGGAGAGUGGAGACGCCGUGCCCGCUCAGUGGCUCAAGCAGGCGCAUGCCGCAUUCCGCACCUCUCUCCUCCACAUGGUGUCCGAUGCUGGCCAGUAUCAACCAACUGGUGGACAGGACUCACCCCAAGCACGAAGUGGCACCCCUUCACCCAGCAGUUUGAACCCGCUUAAGGCGUACAUGUCGUCACAAUUCUCCAAACUGAUGACCAGCUGUGUCAUACUGAGAGUAGAAGACUUCACACUCUACAGAGUUACCACCACCUCCAAAAUGCAUUCGCCAAGACCUUUUGUCAAAGGCCAACACAAGAGGAGACCCAGUCUUCCAGGCGAUCGGGAGCGUUAUAUGUUACCAACCGAUCUGAAGACAAUCCAUGCUGAGUUCACCUACUAUUAUUACCCUGGUGAUAUACCAUUUCCCCUACCACCGCCAAAGUUCUAUGUGCACAUCAACCCAGUUCAGGUGUACUUCGAUGUGCUGACCUUGCUGUGGCUGAACUGUUUCGUGCUGAACCUGUACCAGUCACUAAUGGCGACCAGUGCGGCGGCCUCACUAGAAACGGCCAAAGACAUUCCCACCAUGUACAUGGAUGUCAGGCUCGAGGCUAUAUCACCACGCCUGAUCUUCGAGAGCCUAGGCGAGCACACCGGUCAGCGAGACCGGCCCAAGUCUCUGCACCUACAGGUGGGUCGAGUCUCACUGACCAAUCAGCGCACAGUGGCCGGCUGCUCACGAGCAGACCUCGCCAAGUGCAUCCACCACCUGCAGCGAGCCUCGCUCUUCUAUGCCACCUCAGACAACCCCACUGACUUCAAAGUCGUCACCGACAAGUUCAUCGAUCAUCUCAACUGUAGUGACAACAUUAGACAAGGAGGUCCUCCAAAAUUGUCCGGCAACAUUGAAGAGAUCAACAAGCAGCUGAGUAGAGAAAUGUUGUGGAUCGAAUCGAAGGAUGUUUGGUGCAUAGUUCUGGAACCCUUAUUCGGCGACUUCUACGGAGUAAGAGCUAUAGGCAGUGCAAGACCGGCCCCUUUUCUGGACGCUGUGACCGUCACCUUAUGGCUUCACACGGCAGACGCCGCACAAGCUCCACAGCCACAGGGCGAGGCGGGUGGAGGGGGAGGAGGAGGAACAGAAAAUGGAGGAGGAGGUUCAGAGAACGGAAGCGGGAAAUGGAGACAGCAGAAUGGUUCGAAAGAUAUGAGUCCUUCUGGUGAGAAUAGGUUGGCUGAUAUCCAUGCAGUGGCCCAUAUAUCGCUUCUAGUCAGUCUGCAGAUCAAUCACUACCAGUUCCUUUUUUUGUUGCGGGUAGCUGAUGAGGCCAAAGAGCUUACGACAUUCCUGGCGAUGGACUCGAACCGGCUGCUGGGGCGCGCCGAGGGCAGUUCCCUGGUGGUGGGGGCAGUUCUGCCCCAGCUGGAGGUGACCCUAGUGAUGCCCGCCCAUGUGCCCGGCAAGGAGUCCUCGGGCGGCGACCUCGAGUCGGUCAUCCCCGACUCCUCCAGUCUGGCCGACGAUCCCAACACCAACACCAGCAUUCAGUGGCAUCACAACCUCUCCACUGAUAUUCCUUCCACUACGGGUCGAGUAACCAUGAACGACCAGGAGGGCGAGAGUGGUGAUAUGGGGGGUGGUGGGAGACGUCCCCCGCUGCAACACGCUAACAGCUUCUCGGUAGGGCUGGCAUCACCCACCCUCCCCGAACCCACCUCCACCUUCAACCUGUCCCACUCUGUCAAGAAGGGAUUCAGCUCACUUUUCACCUCCAUUGACACCGCUUUCAAGGCCAACAACGAUGACCAAAGUGAUACUAUUUCGUUGAGAUCAGACGCAAGCUCUGACAGCGAGAAGUACAUAAUGGUGAACGUGACGGCGGACCGAAACGGGGAGGCGGCAGCUGAUGCCAUGUUCAGGGUGAGUGGGGGCGGAGGUGGAGGCGGAGGCAGCAUCCAGGAGAGAGUGGAGGUGGCGUCAGAGGUCACAGAGGAGGACACCCCCACCCUCACCACCCCUUCCGAACGAGAUUCUAUUGCCAGCUCUUACAAGCGACGUGAUUUGAUCUCAGUGGUGACCUUCAAAUUGGGUCAAGUUGAACUUUUUCAGCAAGCAGAGGGCUUCCUCUCAACAAUCAAGUUGCAGCUAUCAAAUCUGGAGGCAGAAGAAUGUAUUUCAAUUCCCUGGGAUGAAUUCCAGAGCAAAUUCAUGACGCGGUCGCGCGUCUGGCAAGAGAUGAACGAGAACGGCGCCGGCGCCCGUGCUUCGCUACGCGACCAGCAGUGCGCAUGCGUAGUGGCGCGUCUAGAUCACCGCGUCACGCCUCAGGACCCCGCCCAGUGGAGGGGCGUGGCUUACGGCGAUUGGUUCGAGGACCUGCUGACUGUGCAUGUGGCCAAUACCAGGCUAGCGUUGUCCACGAGCACUCUGGCAGGAUUGGCCGAUCUGGUCGAGGAUGAACUCAUCUCGCCACCGUUGCCUGUGCAGAUGACGAUAGAAAAUGUGCGCCUGCGCAUUUGUGACGACCAGCAGACGACGUCGAACAUCACGUGUCCGGGCUCAGUGCCGGUCGACGUGUGUGUCAGCCAGCUGCACGUGUCACGUGGCCCCGAUGGCGUGUUGCACGUGCGACCACUCACACGUGUCAAGCAGUCGCCCAGCACUGCACAUGCCCACGAAACGUCACAGGUGGAUGCACAGCUAGUGUCAGAGAAUGAACAACUGCGAAGGAGGCUGGCAGCGCUAGAGAAGAUCAAUGAUGAGAAUAAUUACAUGCGGAGGUGUGAGGAGGAGGCUACGUUUCUCAAGAGCUGCCUGAGCGCUGCGCAGGAGAACAUCGCUUCGCUGCUAGAAGAGAAGCAGAAACUGUUGGAUCUGGUGCAGCGACUGCAGGAGCAGACUGCCAGCAGAGCAGAUCCGCCGCAGACCACCAAGAGAUAGCAGCAGUGUUGCUGUUUCGCCUGUAGCUGCACUCACAAGUGGUGAUCCAUUAGUACAACUCUAGCUCUAUAGGCACUAGGCGACGGCCGAUAGCCACUAACUAGAACACUAACUAGGUUCCUAUGUUUGGUGGGGUGUCGAGUUUCUAGGUGGCAGAGGAAACCCGGUAAAUGAUUACUCAAUAAUCUAUUUAUUUACUAGUAAGUAACCCGUGCUCCGCAAGGGUCUAAUCAAAAACUUGACUUGGAAUCAAAAAUCAUUUAUUGUCGUCCCGCUCAAGAGCAUUGACAAAGUCACAGAACAAAUGAAAGUACAAAAUACAAUGUAUCAAUGAAAUUAAUGCAUUCACACACUGUAGGCUACAUAAAGCAUUCAGUCACUUAUCAGAUAAUUAAAAGUCUAUACGUUUAUAUUUAAGAAAAUGGAACAACUUCAAAAUGUUACAUCAGUAGUACUCCCAGCUAAAAACUCUCCUACCGAGUAAAAUGCUUUCUUUUUCAACCAUUUAAUAAUGGCAACCUUGAAUACUUUCCCAUCUGCCUCUCUAGUACUCACCGGUAAUUCAUUUUAAAAAAUUAUUCCAGUGUUGAAAUGGGACUUUUGCUCUUUGUUAGCCUAGCAUACUCUAAGUCUAUCCUGUUUCGGUUUCGGGUGUCAUGACUAUGAUUUGCACCCCUGAGAUUUAGUGAUGGAAGGUUUCCCUUUAAAACAUUAAAUUUUGUAAAAUGAAGAUGCUAGGCAGAGUAAGUGAUACCAUGCUCUAUAAAUAAUGGCUUACAUGAGUAUGUUACACUCAUACUGAAAACAGCUCUUAAAGUUCUUUUUUGACAGAGGAAAACCUCCCCAGCUCCACUAGAGCUUUCCCAAAGAAGACCUCCAUACAAAAGGUGUGAAUGAAAUAAAGCAAAAUAAGCCUUUAAUACCAAGCCAGAGCUAGCACAAUUUUUGAGUCUCCUGAACAGGAAAAUUACUCUACUUAAACGUGUGCAUAGAGCAUCAGUAUGAGAUCUUCAGGUAAGACCACAAUCUAAAUUUAUUCCAAGAAGCUUUACCGUCUGGCUAUUGACACCAAUACCAUCUGCUCUAAAGCUGAAAAUUAUAUUCUCUGUUUUAUUUUCAUUUACAAUCAAGUCAUUGGCAGAGAACCAGAGGUAGGACCUUUCUUUCAUAUAACUAGUAAUGACAGAGUUCAAAUCUGAGAGUGAAUUUGAGGACAUGAGAGUAGUAUCAUCGGCAUAGAGUACACAUUUAUUUGUUGAAAAUUUUGUUGCAUCGUUUAUGAAUACUGUGAACAGGAACGGGCCCAGAAACUGGGCGUUUUUGCUGAAAUCUUGAAGAAUUUAAAAAAUAUGCCUUUAACUAACAUCCUCAGUCAAUUAAGAAUCUAUAUGCAAAAUUUCAUGUUAAUCAGUCCAGUAGUUCAGACGUGAUGUUGCAUCAUUCGUGAAUUUCCCGUCCCCUACGUGUAUAAAUGUAUUUUUUUCUUUAUAGCUACCUACAGACUUGAGCGCCACGAACACACGCAUUCCACUUUCCAUCAGCUGAUGCUAUGCUUAUUAUAUCUGUAUUUGUACAGAAAAAUUAAUCUACAGAUAUAGUAGCAUCAAAACUGAGAAAAUUGAAAUGCGCGUGUUCGUGGUGCUUAAGUCUGAACACACAUUAUCAUAUCAUAGAUUAAUCCUCAAUAAUAUAAAGGCGAAAUCACACAGCAGCAGACAGACGGAGGAAAAAUCAAACGUCGGAAUGCAGGCAUGAGCAGACAUAAUAUGGAGGCAGGCGGUUGUGUGCGUUGUAGUAUUCGAACAUCUGAGGUGCUUACAGAUAUACGCGCCGCGAACAUGAGCAAUUCACUAUUAAUCAGCUGACUAUAUCUGUAUUUUUACAGAAACUGUAUAAGAUAUAGAUAUAAAAAGCUUGGCAUCAACUGAUUAAAAGUGAAUUGCUCAUGUUCGCGGCGCGUAAAUCUGUACGCACCUUGUGUGUUCGCUUCCCAGAAAAUCAAGCUUGAGUUAUAGGAGGGGGUUAACUAGUUAAUAUUUAAUGAUAAAAUGAUAUCCAAUUAAUAUAUAAUGAUAAAUCUAGUUUAAACAUUUUUUUCAUUGAUAGUAAGAGGACUCAAGAACCGUAUCCGACACACAAUUUCUUGUCCAGUAACCUAAACCAAUAAUUCCUCUACAUACUAAUCCAGUAACCUAGUAACUUGGGUGAUAAUCAUGUUGCAGAUUGUAGAUAUUUCAGAGUAAUCCCGAUAACUGUUUACAUCUACAAAAACUGCAAAAGUAGUAGUUUGUGCAUCUAGUGAGAUCAUUCACGUUAUAAAGUCAGCACCUGAUUAACAUUGGUUUGCUAUCCUUGCCUAUCUUGAGACAAAACAGAUAGCUCUAUCCUUUUCUAGCUCCGCACUGUUGACGAAUAAAUUGUUGUCUAUGAAAAACAUAAUGAAGUACCUGAAUAGUUAAUCUCAAUCAUGAUUUUUUCAAAUGUUGAAAUAAUUCAAGGGAUUUUCUCUGCCAACUUAACUCGACUCGACUCCACCAUUCUUCGGCAAUAUUAUUCUAUUGAAUUUUGGGUGCUAGGCUUACAUGCCAGUCAUCCUAAGUUUAGUAAGCGUACUACGAAACUAGCUAUUCUAUUAAUAAAUUAUUUACAUCGCUCAGGAAUCUGACCACAACAAUUUUAUCGAUAAAUAACGUUUUAUCAUCAUUCGCGAUAAAAUAUUUUUCUGUGUGUGUUUAAAAAAAAAAUAUCAUGAAUUGUUCGAAUAAUAGAAUAUCAAUAAUUGAAAUUAAUCGUAUACAAUUAAAAUUCACCUUUUUGUACUCCCUGUGUGUUGUUUCCCUUAUAAUAAUUGAAUAAAUUUGUUGAUAGUAUGUCUAUAAUUGUAUAUAUUAUGUAUAUAGUGUAUCAUUAUAUUGGCAAAGCCAUGGACGUUUGUACAAAUUAGUGUUGUUAAUUGUUGAAUAAAUUUAUGUAAUUUCGAUAAAAUUAUAAUCGUUGAUACCAGAAUUUGAUAAUAUUCAUGUUAACUUAAUUAUAAAUAUUGUAUUUUUAACGCAGAAACUUUCCAAUGAAUUUAUUUGAAUGGUAAUGAUUUAAUAACAGAUUUCUAUAUAAAUCGUGUGUAUUAAUAUAUGAAAACCACAUCAUCUUUCUAUUGAUUCGUUAACGCAAUAAAAUUAUGCCAACACUUAGUUCGGUGACUUGUCCAUUCAUUGAUGAGGUGAGAGAUGAUAAAAAUACCAGAGGGAAUGGAAGUCGAACCUAAGCUAAUCUAAAUCUAAGCUAAGCUAAACCUAAGCUAUUGCUGCUUAGAGCAAAGUUUCAACUUUGUAAGCAUUCCUUAUAAAACAACGGUGAUUCCCAUUCAACCAAUUCCAACUUCAAUAUGUCAGCACCCCUUUUGAAAAAUAGCAGUAACGCUGCCCAUUCAAUGCCCAUCAAUGCUAGCAAUUUGAAGUGACUCCCACUAAAGCUGCUUUAUUGCUUUUGUAGCUUUGGUGAUAGUCUUAUUUUACAAUGCAGCUAGAACCACAAAUCUUUAGAAUUUAUAUUAUAUUAAUUCAACUGAAGUAUGGCAGCUCUCAUGUUUUUUUUUUUCAUUGUAAAGAAUGAUGUAAUAGAUUUAUUUUGUGCUUAGUGAUGAUUGGGUGGCUGUAGUUCUAGAUGGAUUCCGAACUGCUGAGAAUCCAUGAAAUAAUAAUCGAUACUGUCACGAUGGUUCUUAGCUUCAUAAUCAGAAAAAUCUUAUUCUAUUAUCUAUCAUCAAAGUAUUCAAUCCAACCUAUCCCUAUGUUCAUAUAAUCUUACAAAAUCCAUUGUACUUAAUGUCUCUUAUCACCAUUAGCGUACUAUGGAUAAAUUGUUAUGGUCAGAUUUCAUAGAGCGUUGGUUAAUAUCAUGUUGUUGAAAAUUAAUUGAAUAUUUAAUAAGAUUAAUUAAUAAGUAUAAUCGAUUAUGUAUAGUAUGUUAUGUAACACCUUGAGCUUCCAGACUACAUCCAUGAAGUAUUCUUUGUACAAAAUUAUUUCCCUCUCAUCUGACAUUUCACUAGAAAUUCAUGUUAGACUGUAUAUAAUUGAAUCUAUAUCUUGAAUUACACUCUACACUCGAAAUAAAUUCUAUCAUUCAUGAAAAAUUGUUUCUACAAAAUAUUUUCGACGUUUACAGAAUCUCUUACGGUAACUAUUAUUAUCAUUCCAUAAAUCUAAUGAAUUUAUGGAUUCUUUCUAAAUUCUUCGACCUCCUUCACAUAGAAACUCCAUUGGAUUGAAUUUAUUGGAGAAGAGUAGUUCUAUGCACAUCAUUGAUUCCUUAUUGUAAAAUUAUUAUAAUAUUAUAUUAUACAAGCAAAGUGAUAAAACGACUCAUUCAUUAAGUUUAACAUUCAAAAAGUUAUAGAAACUGUGUGUAUUUAUUCAAUUUUAGACGUUCGAAUUUAUUAUACGUAAUAUAACAUCACAUUUAAAUAUUCAGUAUAGAUUAUAACAAUAUUUUAAAAUUGUAUUCAGAAUAUUUUUGAUGAGCUGUCUAUAGAAACUGUUGUGAAGCAAUUGUCAUUUUUUGUUUUUGUAAAGUAUUUUUGUUAGUUGUGUGUUUUUGUAUAUUGAUGUUAAACAGUGUUUUCGAUAGAUUGUAAGGUAUUUGUGAAGAAAAGCUUUAUUAUACUCUCGUUUCUAAAAACAUUGUUUGUAAUUGAAAUUGUGUACAGUCCUGUGUAACAUUAUGUAUAUGAAGCAGUUAAUGUAUCAUUGUAUUAUAAGUGUUGGUAAUAAUAUUAUCAACAAAAACAUUAAUUUCACUUACGACCGCAAGUCAGCUAAAUGAGCUCUACUCUGAUGGUUGAACACUUGUGAAAUUAUUGGGUUUUGAUUUCACGGGACGUCCAACAUUUUACUAAUAAAUUACCUCAUUAGCUACGCAUAAGCUAGCUUAUGUGCGAAUUAGGUACUUACCGAUUUUAUUUAUAUGAAAUAGCUCGUGCAUUACUGUGUAAUAUAAUUAGUUCAAAUUAGAAUAACUGGAGAACGGUACUACAUUAUUUAAAUUUACAAACUCAAAACUAAUAUUAGGUAAAUCUGAAACAUUAUUUAGUGAUACAAUAAUAGUUAAAUACAGGUAGAAUCCGAAACCCUACCGGAGUAAAGCUCAUUUAGCCAACCAUAUAAGAUGUAAAAUUCAUUACCUAGUUAAAGAAAUUCUACCCUCUCUGGACUGCAUUUGCUGUUGAAAGUUUUAUCCAUCACACUUAGUAUGUAAUUGCGUUCUCCCUUGUGAUAAAUUUUAUAUUUUUGAAAAUUGUAAAAUAUCAGUAAUAAUAUUCCAUUUUGUAAACAUUGUUUCUGUGAAUUUUGUGAAGUUGACAGUUUGCCAGCUUUCUAUAGUGUAAUUUGUGUAUCUCACUAUCUCAUGCUGCUUACAUGUUUUGGAUUUUUUACCAAUAUUCUGUUCAAACAAGGCCUUUAAAUUAAAUAAACUUGCUUUAAAUUGCAUACGAUUAUUCUGGGUUCUCGCUACACACAUUGAUAAAUCUAGAAAAUAAGCCUAAACUGUUCUACUAAACUAUCUUAAAAUAUUUUUAGGGGUCUUCUCAAUAUAAACUCAGUGCCUAGUUACGUGAAGACAACAUUUUUAAUAGAUGUCAUAAACUUUGUUUGUAGCCUAGAUGAAAUUAGAAUUUUUUUCACUUCUUUCACCAUUUAUUUAGGUAAAACUUUUUUUCCAAUUUUUUA